UAUUACUAGAUUGCUAACUUCAACCAAAAUACAUGGCUGCGUAAAGCACGUACCAGUACGUACGUACAGGGUUUAAACACAGGUUUAAACACAUGUGUCGUAUAAAUAGUACGACAUUAAUGUUUGAUUAGUCAAAUUUCAACCAAUAACGUAUACAUAUUUAAUCCUUUCUAACAUUCUUCUUGAGUUAUGAGUAUAAGCAUCGGCCAUAUCACAUAAUCAACAUCUCUUCUGUACUACUUACGUUACGCAUGCACAGAUGCUCACUUCUCAUGUGUAAUACAUAUUUUUCGAGAUCCAUUUCUCGAUGCAGUAUAUAAGAGUGUUAGCAGUUAGUUUAUAAUAUAAAUGUCUGUGUUGGAAGUACACAAAUAGGAAGAAUGAUGGAAACGAUUGUCAGUUUUGACGAAGAUUAUUGUACUUGUUUGAAUAGUUUACCGUUUUAUAACAACCUAUGUUAUUGUGAUGCAGCAGUAUAAUACAUAUUAGAUGUUCAUAUAUAUACAAAUAUGUGUAUGAACAAUUAUUAUUUUUAAUAUAUUAUAUAUAUUUCCUUGUAAAUGACAUGAUAUCUCAUGAGGAGAUUAAAUUUGAGGCAAUAUCUAUCAACAAAGAAACGACUACCGGCAAGAGAGAAUCUAUCACCUUUAUUGAACAGUUUGUCAAAGAUGUUUGUGACUUUAGUUCCCAGUAUGGCAGCAAUAUCAGCAUAUCGUAUACUGCUUACAACAUAGCUGGUAAUCCUAGCAAGUUUCCGGACUAUGGAGAUUUUCCGCAAGCAUUUGUUAUGAGAACUUAUGGACCAUGGUGGGACAAAGCACCUUCAAAACCAAUAGAUUAUAUGCCUCAGAAUAACGAAAAUAUAGUGAGUCAGGAUUAUAUCGAUAUUGAAUAUUACCAAGAAGUAUAUCCAGUCAGAGUUUCUGUAUAUGAAACAUAUAAUCCUGGGAGUGUAAUUGCAAUUUGGGCACAAGACUGUUAUGGCCAAUGGUUUCAGUUAUGGAGUGGACCAUCUCAGAUUGUCCCUCACAAACCACGAAUAUUUUCUCCACAUUUACAACUGUGUAACUUCAAGACCAAAAUGUUAAGACUGGAGUUCAACCAUAGCCUAUUAGACUACUAUACAGAAUUAGAUGCUGUGUUGCUUAUUGGUACAUCUGAAUUGAUCAUUCCUAAUGAUCGACAGCAUAAUCAGAAUUUAAAUAAUCUAUUGCAAGAACUAAGCUGCAUUGAUCUACACAAUGAAGAUGUUCAUAAUCUAACACCAGAUUACUUAAAUGCAAACCAGGAUUUAGUCAUUCUAAAAAAAACACUACAUACGCAUUGUACAGUGUAUAAAAGCAAAAUAAUAGAAAAUUUCCCUAAGAGCAAGUUAAUAUCAAAAUUAGGACAACAUUAUCGUUGUGUACCGCCUGUUGAAGAGGCAUUCAAUAGUCUGCAACAAUUUUUGCAAGAAGAAUUUCCGAAGCUUAUAAAAGACAUUUAUCUUUCCUCAUCAACCUCUUUAUAUGGAUCGAAAUUAUUGCCUAUUAAAAGUUCGUCGUCAACUCUGAACGAAUCUGAAGAACCACCAUGUGGCAGUUUUUCUGCACUUCCUGAUGAGACGGUGCUAAAGAUAUUGAAAAAUUUAGACUUGAGAUCGCUGUGUCGCUUGUGCAGAGUGAACAAGCAUUUUAACAAUAUAGCGAGGGAUGCUUUACUCUACACAUGUUUGAACUUAAAGCCGUAUUGGUACUGUCUCGAUACGCAAGCAUUGAACAAUUUGGCACCUAGAUGUCAAUAUCUACGACAGUUGGAUCUCUCAUGGUGUGGUAACUACAAUAUGUUUAAAUAUCAAAAUAUCGUAAACUUUCUUAACACAUGCGGUAGUCUUUUGACGCAUUUACGGUUAAAUUGCUGCCACAUCGUUAACGAUAUCGUUAUCUCUGAAGUGUCAAAGAUAUGUAAAAAUUUAAAAGAAUUGUGCUUGCGUAAUUGUUUGGAAAUAACGAAUGAAGGUUUUUCCAAGCUUGAGAAUUUAGAAUUCCUCGAGCGUUUGGAACUUUACAGAACAACUAUUGAAACUUCGACACUGUGCUCAAUAUUGCGAAAGAACCCUCGGAUGCGACAUUUGAAUGUAGCGGGAACACACGAGCGUUUGAACGUGGACGAGAUCGCGGUGGAAUUAGGAAAUUCAUGUCCAUAUUUGGAAAGUGUGGAUUUUUGGAAAGCGCAGACUUUUACACCGCACGGUCUUCGUGCUCUCGCUCGUUGUAAGAAUUUGCGGGAAGUGGAUUUUGGUUGGUGUGGUGGUAUGGGUGCUCCUGGAGAUUCUUUGCGCGCACUGUUAUCUUCGUGCCAACACUUGGAGAAAGUCUUCCUGGCCGCUCUUCGAGGACUCACGGAUCGCGAUUUGGAACCGUUAUUACUAUGCCAAUACUUGCAACAAUUAGACCUAUUGGGUGCUCGAUCUUUAACACCAGAUAUUUGUUACGGAUUCUUGUUGUGUUGUCCUAAAUUAGAAAUGAUCGAUCUGAGUUUCUGCGAAAGUAUCAGCGACUCCAAAAUUCAUGAAUGGCGACAACAAUACCCGCAUGUAUCCAUCAAAAGAAGCUUUCAAGCAAUUGAACCAAUUUAGCAUAUAAAAGUUAGUUGUAAAAAUCAGCACAUGAAACGGUUUCAAAGAUUAAAUGAAGAUGGAACUAAAAUGUGAUAUCAUGAUAAGACUUGUAUUGUAAUUAAAAUAACAAAUUUGCCUUUUGAUAUAUAUUGAUGAUAUUAUGUUGACAGAUACUUAUGUAACAACAUUGUAUUAAUAGGCACACCAAAAAAAGUAAAUCUUUCUAAGUUUUAUACACGCAUAUA